AUGUCUAGCGAAGGGGGUGUUUGUAGAAACGAGCAAGGUGUUUUGCUGUUUGCAUUCUCAGAGGGUUAUGGAGUGGGUUCCAACAUCAGUGUCGAGCUCCGAGCUACUAACAAUGGGUUGCACCACUGCAUCACCAGGGGUCAUUUGUCUAUCUUAAUUGAAUUAGAUUCUCAGUUGGUAAUCGACUUCUUAGCAGGUGCCGCCAUCCCAAGUUGGAAAUGGAAAUACUUGCUAUCUCGGAUUGAGAAUCUCAAGCUUUUUGGUCGGGUUCAAUUCACCAACAUUUACAGAGAAGGUAAUGGGCUAGCUGAUGCCAUGGCCCGAAUAGGCAGCUCUAGCCAGUCAUUGACGAUGGUGAACAAACUGGCCGACCUCCCAGCUCAAGUCAGGGGAUUACUCUUCCUCGACAAGGUUGGUUUUUGGGCUGGAGGCCUAUUAGAUCCAGCAUUCAGUCUAAGUGGCAGAAUUGAUCCAGCUCUGUUUCAAUUGAAGCAUCUUCAGUUCUUGGACUUGAGCUUGAAUGCUUUUAAUGGCGCACCAAUUCCAGAUUUCCUGGGUUCAAUAAAGGAGUUGAGGCAUUUGAAUUUGUCAAGGGCAGGAUUCAGCGGGAUAAUCCCUCAUCAGCUUGGUAACCUCACCAAACUCGUUUCCCUGAAGCUUUCUUCAUCUUCUUUGAGUGCCAAAAACCUUUGGUGGUUGACAAGCCUACCUUCUCUAAAGUAUCUCGACAUGUCUUAUGUGAACCUUUCCAUGGCAAGUCAUGAUUGGGUCCACGUAAUGAACAUGUCUCCUUCCCUCAUUGAGCUAAAAUUAUUCCGUUGUGGUCUUUCAUAUAUUUCUCCAACUCUUCCUUAUGUUAAUUUCACAUCUCUCCGUGUCCUUGAUCUCCGUGUUAACAACUUCAACUCUACCAUUCCAAACUGGAUAGCUAACAUUAGUAGCCUCGUGUCCUUGGAUCUCUCAUAUAACAACUUUCAUGGUGAGGUUCCUCAUCGAUUUUCACAACUUCCUAACUUGGAAGAGUUGUGGUUGGGAUCAACUGAUGAUAACCUGAGGGUUGAUUGGUCAGAGUUCCUUGAAGGCAGCUGGAGGAAGCUGAAGAUACUUUAUCUAUCUUUCAGUCAGCUGCAUGGAGGAAUCCCCAACUCUAUUUGGAAUAUUACCUCACUUGAGUCUCUCUCUUUGUCAUUCAGUGAGAAUAUAACAGGUAGCAUUCCAAGAGCCAUAACUAAGCUUAUCAAUUUAGAGAGCCUGUCUUUGGACGGAUAUCAUAUGCAUGCGGCCAUUCCUGAUUGGUUAUAUGAGCUCAAAAGUCUUAAACGCCUUACUCUCAAGGAUUGCAUGCUGACAGGUCCAAUCCCUGCAGCUCGUCUUGGAGGGUUGUCUUCCUUAGAAAAAUUAUAUCUCAGCAGUAAUCAGUUGAAUGGGAAUAUCCCUGCAGCUCUUGGAGGAUUGUCUUCUUUACAAAGAAACGUGUCUCAAAGUCUUUUUGAAAACCUUAAAAAGUUGAAGUCCUUAUAUUUGGAUUCCAAUACUUUGCUUUCAAGUUUGAUUCCUCUGAGCAUGUCGAAUUUAACUUUUCUAAGUCACUUGAACUUGUCGUAUAACAACUUGUCGGGAAGAAUUCCAACGGGAAAUCAACUCCGGACACUUGAAGAUCCAUCUAUUUAUAUCGGCAACAAUGGACUUUGUGGACCUCCUCUUACAGAAAAGUGUGGUAGCGAUGAGACGUCUCAAGGUCCAAUGCCUGUCAGUGGUGAUGUAAAAAAAGAUGAGGAAGAGUAUGAAAUUAGUUGGUUUUACUUUGCGCUGGGACCAGGAUUUGCAAUUGAGUUUUGGGCAUUUUGUGGUAUUUUAAUGCUCAAAAAGUCUUGGAGAAUUGCCUAUUAUCGCUUCUUUGAUGAGAUGAAAGAUAGACUUUUUUAG